AUGAGCGUGGCCUUCACUCUCCGGCCGCUGGAGCGUAACCCGCCAAGCACUCCCGGCGAUGCGCUCGAGGGCGCCUUCCGCGUCCACCUCGCGCCGAGAGAGCUGAGGGAGCACCGCCUGGCCAACGGCGACUUGAUCAGACUGAAGACGGCCGCUGCUUUCAAAGGAUACGGCAUUGCCUGGACAGCGGCUGGCACGAAUCCUGCAAAGAAGCCCAUAGCAAAAGUCACCGACCUGCUCAGAGAAGAGUAUGGCCUUGCGCUGAACGAUCCCACGUGGAUCGAAAAGGCCAGUGACGCGUGGAAGCCUCUUGCGAGUGUCCACAUUGCGUACCAGGAGUCGGUUGAUGAAGGUGCGAAAUUCUCCACCACGGACCAGCUGCUGUACUGGGCUCGCUAUGCCCUCGUCGACGUCGAGCUUGUGCUGCCGGGCUGCAGCCUGCAGGUCCAGGCCAGGGGGCCGACAGUGCCGUCCAAGACGUCGAAGCUGCGCCUGACCGUGCAGAGCAUUGAUCCCCAGCCGGACGAGAAGAGCGCGCUGUACUUUGACCCCGUCACUACCCGGAUCCCUGCCCAGUCAUCCGCGGCACAGCCUGCUCAGCCCGCCUCGGGAAAACUGCAGCUGGGCGGCGACGGCAUCGGGGGUCUCUCCGAGCACCUUGCGACCGUCAACAAGAGUCUUUCCUUGUUCUCGCUCCCGGCGUCGGCGCUGCCGGACCAACACCUCCUCGGGCCCACCACCUUCCUCUUCCACGGGCCCGAGGGUACCGGUAAGAGCAUGCUGCUGGAGCGCCUCGCAGAGGCGCCCUGGAAAGACGUGCACCGACUGAGCCUUGAAUCCCACCCCAAGAACCAGGCCGCUGGCAUCCAAGACACGUUCGAAGCAGCAAGAGAGAACCAGCCGAGUCUCGUCCUGAUGGACAACCUCGACCGGUUCCUCGAAAAGGCCGAGACGCUGGUCGGCAGACUGCGCUCCGAGCUCGCAAAGCUCCAGGGCAGCAAGGUCGUCGUCGCAGCCGCCGCUCGCAGCAUCUACGACAUCGACUCCAGCCUGCGCACAACCUCUGCGUUCAAGACCGAGCUGGAAAUGUUCCCGCCCAACCUCGCGCAGCGCGAGGACAUGCUGCGCAACAUCCUCGGCCCUGGCCGCCCGGCCGCGGGCGUCGACUUCACUGCCAUUGCCGAGCGCGCCCACGGCUUCGUGGGCCGCGACGUGCACAAGCUGUGCGGUCUCGCACGGAACCACCGCGUGCACCGCGUCUACGACGCCCUGCACGACGACGACAAGGGCCGUUUCGCCCAAGCCCUCGCCGCACAAGACUUUGUGACCCAGCCCGAUUUCGACGCCGUCAUCGACCAAGUCCAGCCCACCGUCCUCAAGGACAGCAUCCUCCAGGUCCCCAAAGUGCGGUGGGACCAGAUCGCCGGCCUCGACGACGUGCGCGCCCUGCUCGAGGCCAUCACCGUCCGGCCCUUUAAGCACCCGGACCUGGACGCCAAAUUCGGCGGCCCGCAGGCGCGCAAGGGCGUGCUCAUGUUCGGCCCGCCCGGGUGCGCAAAGACGCUCAUCGCCCAGGCCGUGGCGACCGAGUCGCAGCAAAACUUCCUCGCCGUCAAGGGCUCCGAGCUGAUCAAAAUGUACGUCGGCGAGUCGGAGCGCAGCAUCCGCGACGUGUUCCGGCGCGCGCGCGCAGCCACGCCGUGCAUCAUCUUCUUCGACGAAAUCGACAGCAUCGGCCGCAGCCGCGACCGCGCCGGCGACUCGGGCCUGAACGUCGUCGCCACCCUGCUCAACGAGAUGGACGGCAUCGAGGCCCUCAAGGACGUCUUCAUCAUCGCCGCCACAAACCGCCCGGACAUUCUCGACUCGGCUCUCAUCCGCACCGGCCGCUUCGACGCACACAUCCACAUCGGCCUGCCCACGCGCGAGGCCCGCAGCCAGAUCCUGCGCAUCCACACCCGCGCCCGCCCGCUCGCCGACGACGUGCGGCUCGACGACGUCGCGGACCGCACCGAGGGCAGCAGCGGCGCGGACCUCAAGGGCCUGUGCGCCGCCGCCGUCGAGCUGGCCAUUGCCGACUACGAGGCCCACGGCGGCGCGCCCCUGGUGCGCAUGCAGCACUGGGACAAGGCGCUCGACGCCCACCGCCCGCACACCCUCCCUGCCGACGCCGACCGCUACAAGUACUGGCGCCCUGGCGUCAGUCUGGGGGCCGUGUGA